AUGUCAUGGUUGUACGAGGGCUGGAUACUGCCAGGACGACCACACCUAGCCAGGAGGACAGUUAGACUCCUCAACCAAAGUCUGGCUCAAAAGCCUAACGGCAAGGCGGCGGUGAUGGGCUGGGAAUGCCUGUACAUAACCAUUUUUACGGAAUACGUUGCCAUGCAUGUUCCAACCCCCAACCUAGAGGGCCAGGAUACUGUUCGUCAGACCUCUACACAUGGACCAACCUGGUAUGAGAGACUCUGUGAGUGUCUCACGGACAUCCCCCAGUAUAGCUCAAUGGGUCUCCGAGGUAUACAAACCGCCACACCACGGCAAGUUCAAGUCUCUUCUGCCACCAAAGUUUCGGCUUGUCUGAUUGGUUAA